AUGAAUUCGCUCCUCUCUACAGCAGAGGACAUUCAAUCUCCACCAUCACCGCCACGCGGGAUAGAUACUCCAAAAACUAGUUCUAGAUCAAUUAGUGACCCAUCAUAUCUUCAAUCCCCAGCAACACCAUUAUAUUCAGAAAAACAACAAGAACAAUUUACAAAAAGAAAGCAAGAAUUGGAAUUAGAAGUCAAUGUACUGAUUCAAAAACGAACAUCACUCGAAAAUCAACUUAAAGAACUUAAAAUAAAUCGCGUUAGUUUUUCAGAAUUGACAUUACUUAAAGCUUCAGUAGCGCAGAGAACUAAUGAGGAUAACUCUUCUAAAAUUGAAGAAUUGAUGAAUAGUUAUGCAGAAAUUAUUAAAGAAGUUCGUUCAAAUCAGUCGCAAGUUGAUAUUCUGGAAACAAAAAUACGAGAAGAACAAGAAAGAAGGAAUUUAAUAUUCGGUGAAAUAAGUACAAUGGAACAAGCACUUGAUUUAAGUGAUUUAUCUUAUAAAAUACCAGAGUUCAAAGGAGUUACUAUGAAUUUUGAUCAUAGUCAGUACACAUCUGAUAUUGAAAGGCUUUCAAUGACGUCAAAUACAUCUAAACAGAUUUGCAAUGAGUUAUUAUGUGCUAAACCACCAUUAAAUGUGCUUACUGAAGCUGCAUCAGAAUAUUCUAAAUGUACAGAAUCAAAGUGGAAAGUCAGAGCAAUAGGAACAAGUAUUUUCAGAGGGGAAAUUUCUGCUCUUCAAAAACAGCUAAGUGAAACAGAUAAUUACAUCCACAAAUUAGAAAAUGAAAUCAAAAAUGAUAAAAGCAAAUCAGAAAGCUAUCAAAAUCAAAUGAGGAAAGAAGAAAUUGAUUUAACCAAUAACAACUUGACAUUGGUUCAAAACUAUAAAUCACAGAUUACUCAGUUAGAGUCUAAGAUUUCAAAUCUUAAAACAGAAGUAACAAAUUCCGCAAAUAUUUUUGAAUCAAUUCAGCAAGAAAUGGAACAGAUAGAUCAUAAUAGAGUUGAAAUGAGUUUGAAGAUGGCAAAUUACUCAGAAAGUGAAGAUGAACCAGAAAGUGUAACAGAUACUGAAGGUUAUUCUGAAGAUUUGUCAGAUAACCAGAGAAAUGAAUUAUUAGACCGCAAACUAGUGUUGCAAAAGGAAGUUUCCAAACUACGAGAAGACUAUCAGAAGUUGCAAGCUCAAUCAAGUGCAAAGAAAGAAAAGAAAAUACAGGAAUUAUCCAAAAUUUAUGCAAAAUAUAAAUCAGCAAAGCAUCGUCUCAAUAAAAAUGGCCUUUCUGGUGUAUUGCAGCUUGAUGACUCUCCUUUCCGCAAAAAGAUUGGUCAUCUUAUUCAUAAAAUUGAUUCAAAUAUUUUAGAGAUCAGCCAAAACUUCGAAUCUGGUAUCUUAUCAGCCUAA